AAGUUUACUGUAAGACUCAUGUUGGUAAAACCCCUGGAGAGAUCGAAGGAGCAACUAUAACGCAAACGACGGCACCUGUUCGUGGGGGAAGCAAAGACUCACCAAAUUCCAAAUAUAUCAUUCAAAUCCAAGGAAAUCCAAGAAGCCAGCUUCUCCCCAGUCUGUGACGUCAGCAAGAAAUGCCAGUCCCUCCACCACAUUUGGAUCAUCCAACUACACAAUGAACGGAACUGGUGGGUCUCUCACUUCAGUCACACCUCGCUCGUUUGACUAUACCAAUUCUAUGGGUAACCACAGCAGUCAAUCAUUUGCUCAUCCCAAGAAUGUAUUGGUUAGUUUUGAGGAUUUUGAACGUAGUGGUGUGUUUGAAGCCCAGGUACAUCUUGAACAAAGACACAGAGAAGAAGAAGAACGGCUGCAACGAUUCCUUUCUGAAGAACGGGAAAAAGAAAUGCGAAAACUUGAUGAUUCUAUCCAUGGAGAGAAAGAGCUCGCUGCUGCUGAACUUUUGUCAAACAUCGAUCAACUCUCUUUGCAGCAUUCUGCUGCUGGCUCUUCUUUAGAUCUGGUCCACGAGAGACAACGAAUUGAAGAGCAUUUUCGACGGGUCAGAGAGGAACGUUUGAAGAAUGUCACUGACAGAUUAGCCAGUGACGAAAAAAUGAGGACAUCAAAGAUGGUGGAGCGACAGGGUCAAGAAAUGAUGUUGUUGAUUGCUGAAAAAGACAGAGAAUUUGACAAGAAUGCAUUGUUUGACCAUUCCACAAGACCACCAAUUCUUCCUCCUUCAUGUAAGAAAGUCCAGCUAUAUCGGUCACCAACUGUCUUUCGACAACUGGAUGAACGUGCUAUCGAGCUUGCAAAUCGAGAAUAUAACAAUUUCACUGAUCUUGUGCGUGACCUUACGAGAUAUUGCAAUACAGAAUUGGAAAAAGUCAGGGUUCUAUUUCGCUGGGUGAUAGCGAAAGAUCUCAACCGAAAUGCUGUCAAGCAGAUCUUACAUCCAAAUGCUUCUCUAUCCUUGCUAAAAGGCGUGAAAAGUGGUAAAGAAAGUUAUCAUCAACUGUUUAAAAAACUUUGUAGCUUUGCUGGAAUUCACUGUGAAAUUAUCAUCGGAUAUUCUAAAGGAGCUGGCUACAAACCAGGAAUGCGUAUCGAUGGUAAUGCAUUCCGAAACUCUUGGACAGCUGUGGCUAUUGAUGGGUCUUGGAGAUUUAUAAACUGUACAUGGGCUGCUAGACAUAUCUCUGGUCACAAAGAUGACCUACCUCAGGUGUUCCACACAUAUGAUGAAUUUUAUUUUCUGACCGAUCCAGAAGACUACAUUUACCAGCAUUAUCCGGAUGAAUCCAGUUGGCAGCUGUUAGACAUUCCUCUUCCAUUCUCCGAGUUUAUCAACUUACCUGUCGUUAAAUCUCCAUUUUUUAAUUAUGGACUCCGUUUUUACUCCAACUAUGGAGCUACCAUUUCAACAGAUUCUGGGCUCAUUGAAAUCCGCCUUGUCAUGCCAAAGAUUCUCGGAUUUGGUUCAUUACUGGAACAUUUUGAGAAAAGCUCAGAUAAGAAAGAUCUAGAAGGAAGAUCCUUGCUGAGGCUUGUUAAAAAUGAAGCUAUUUUCACAGUUAGUCUUCCUCAGCCAGGAAUCUACUAUUUCUCUAUUUAUACUGGAGACUACUGGCAUUCAGAAUGUUUAGAAAGUGCCUGUUCUUUUCUCAUCAACUGCAAGAGACUUUUGGGUCCACCAGCGCCUCCUUACCCACCCGUUCCUUUCUUUGGUGCAACCCCUGCCCUCGAAGAGUUAAACAUUACCAUGCAAUCUCAUCCAGAUCCUUUAAUAGUUUCCAACAAUGAAACCAUGGAAAUUGUAUUUCAUAUGGAUUCUAACAUCAAAAUAACGCACUCAUUCCAAUAUUUCGAUACGAAUGAUGGUUCCAUUUCUGAUAUUGACCGAUAUGUUUUCCUUCGGUCACGAACAGAGAAAGAGACCACCUACAUGAUACGAUGUCCAAAGGAAGGUUUUUAUAUAUUCUCUUUGUAUGCAGCAGAUAGCAAAACCGAGGCACAAACAUUAGACUGUGUUUACCGAUAUCUUGUAGUUUCACAAGAGCCAAACCCACUAGUAAAUGUAUUCCCAAAGACAUUCCACCGCUGGCAAAAAUGCACCCUAUAUGAACCCCUUUCUGGAGACCUGCUGACAGGAAGGCGCUAUGUUUUUCGCCUUGAAGUACCACGGGCUGUAGAAGUGUUUGUUGUCAACGGAGAGAUUUGGAGCCAUUUAAAGCGACGGGUUGGACACACAUGGGAAGGGAGCGUGUUGAUGCCAAAUACAGCUGGUGUAACCAAAGUUUUUGCACGAUUCACGUUAGAACGAGAGUCUUCAAUUUUUGCACAUUUGCUUGAUUAUGAACUAAUCGAAGAUGCCGAAACAGAAAUUUAAUUGCCAAAUAUAUUUGUAUAUAAAGAACAUCUAUAUUCUAUGCCUACUUAAUUCUAUCCAUUGAUAGGACAUUGUGAAGUGUUUUCUCUUCAUAUUUUGUGCCUUGCUUGACAGAAACUUUCAAAGUGAAUCAAAGCAACAAGUUAUACAUACAUACAUACAUAUAUAUACAUAUAUAGGAGAUAAUGGUGUCAUUGAAACCCAAAGGUGUCAGCUAAUGCUGAAUAAGUGCUAUAGACAGACCAUAGUUAAGUUCCAGAUU